UCCGAAACGAGGCGCGCAUCCAUUAGUCAACUCGUGCGAAGACACUUCGCUCUAUUGUUUGUGUUGAUUUUGUGGUCGAAUAUUACAGUUACAAUCAGAAGCAGAAAAUUGGAUGGAGGCAAAGAUGGAGGUUCAAUCUGCAGAGGUCCAGUCUCUGAUUGCCAAGGCUUUUCAUGCAAGUGAGAGUGGGCCUAUCCCCACUGCAGGCAGCAGCACAGAGCAGUACCUUGUCAUACCACCAGACCAUGUCAAUGAAGAAGUUAUUGUGAUAGACACUGCAGCUACAGAGGAACAACGUGUGACCAGAUUUAGAGUUGCAAACCAACCCCAGUACGGUAUUCAGAAAGUCGAACCAGAGGGGGAGGAGGAGCAAAGUACAGAUCAGCCCAUGGACUAUAGUACACCUAGUGAAAUGGGUGAAGGGGAAAUUGCUGCAGCGUCAUCUAUUAUGGCUAUUCAAGCUGCUUCAUCUACGAAGCCUUUGACGUUUGAAGUGAUCGAGUCUGCUUCACAGAGGGGCCUUCCUAAGCUGAUGGAUAGCCUGGGAUAUGGCUACACUCUUCGUCGUACUUCAAAUAUCACGAUAAGGAGAAGAGGGAAACAAAAGGGAAAAAAAGAAAAAUCCACCAGAGUCAAAAAGAUGUACUGGCGAUGUGCUGUGAGAGGGAGGCAAUACAGCUGUGGUGCUGGUGUUGUACAGGAAGGUGAUGAUGUUUUUAUCCGCAACGACCAACCACAUGGACACUUACCCAAGCCAGAUGGUCUUCAGCAAGUCAAGAUCAGGAAACAGGUUAAGAUGUUGGCGAAGCGGAACAUGUUGGAUACUGGUCCAUCUGUAGUCAACUCCGUGCUACUUGACAAUGCUGAAGGGGAUGUAACAGAAUGCAGUCGCUCUCUACAUGCCAACCUGGUUCGAACAGCCAACCGCAUCAGAGAAAAGCUGAAAGAAAAAGUGGAACUUACUAUGGAUGAAAUGGUCAAGAAUGUAUAUGAGUAUUUUCAAACCGAGGAGAGAUCAGGAAGUGCAACCAACUUAGCCUAUCCAAUGAAGAGAUUAAGUGAAGCCACAGGACUGCCCACACGCCAAUUGAAGAAGAAAUUGGGUCUUGUAAAUGAAAAAGAAAUUGCUAUCAAGCGUGUACCUUCCCUGGGUUGUGUUGGAGGAGAAAUAGUAAAGACCACACGCAAAGCAAUGGAUAAUGAGGCAGAAAAUGCCAUAACGGCCAUCGUGGAGGAUUUUGAGAGGAAGGACGAGAACUUUUCCGUAGUGGAUUUAAUGGAUAUUCUUAAAGUUAACUACCCCAUUUUUACCAUCACACGAGCAGUUGUUGGGCGAGUGCUACGUAAACUUGGAUAUCAAAUUCGGAAUUCAAGAACAGUAUUUGAGGUUGAUGUUGAGAAAAAACCUAAAAAGGAGAAUGAAGUUAUCAAACUGGUAAGGAGCAGAUGAGUACCUCCAACAUAGGACUGAUGUUACGGACAGUUUUAAGGACCUAGGCUCAUACUUUGUGCGGUCUUAGGAAAUCUGUGGAUGACUGGAUGACAUCCUUUACAACCUUAAAGUAAACUGGUUACCGGUACUGCGAAUCGUCCGAAUGACAAGUGUUCAUAAGAUGACUGGUGUAAACUGGAAUGAUCUAAGUGGAAACUUUUGGUACUCGCAUAUCGGAGAUAAGUGCAGUUACAUCUAGUGGUGAACCAUGUGUAAUGGUAUUUGUACAUGUGUAUAAAGGUAACUUGUGAAAGCAAUUCUCAUCUCAGUUAGCACUGUAAGGUACCAUGAUCUAGAUGUGGUCUGUAUACAGCGAGUUGUAUAAAGAUAAUUGCAUCUAAAGUUUAAGUCCAUUCCAAGUGUUUCAUUUGUGUCAUUUUGAUAUUAAUCCCGCCAGAAAAUGUCGGAUGACAUCUACAAAUUCUUUCUGUUGCAAAGUAACAUACAGUACAGACAACAUAUAAUGCAUUUGAGUACGACGUGGAAAAAGAUGUAAAGAAGUGUCACUGAUCCUGUCUUUUAUCAGACAGUGGGGAACGGAUAACCUUUAACCCUUUAACCUCUAGAUCUAUGUAACUUUAGUAGACUCUACUAUGCAUUGAUCUGGAUGAGUCCAUUAUGGUCUACAGUGGUGAAAGGGUUAACAAUAGCCAUAGGGGAUAAAUAUACAUGCUAAAUCAGGGUGCAACAUUUGGAAAGAAGAAAUAACGGGAAAUGUUGAUUAUUAGUUCAUGUAUAUAACAGUAGGUAGGUUGUACCUCUGUCUGUUGAAUUUCUUAUUCAAUAAAUGAACAAAGUUGUGGUUGCAUUAUUUUGGGUUUGACAUAUAUAGACUUUGAAGGAGUCUUUUUGUUUGGUUUUCAACUUGAAAUAUCAAUGUUGUAAUAAUUCACCAUUGCACAUAACAUUUAAACAUCGGCAUUAUUUAUAAAAUCAGACCUGCCUUGUGAUCACAGUGGUGCACGAGUAUAGUCGACCCCUUGUAUGUGUAAUUAUUGGUCACUUGAUUUGAGUUGCAUGAAUGUUUUAAGUUGCAUGAAUGCUAUCAAUAACUGUUUAUGUUACAGUAGAAAAGUGUAUUGGGAUGCAAGAGGAACAAUUCAUUUAAGGUAUAGGGAAUCUGUUUACGCUAUUUAAAGUCAUUGAGAUUUAUUUUUUCAAAUUUUAAUGUUAUGCAUGUACUUUUUCAUCAUCAUUAUACUGCAGUAUUGAAUAUAAUUGUAUAACUUCUGGCCUCAGUACUAUAUCAAGCUAUACUCCAUAUACUCUAUGUGCAAUGCUGUAAAGAGUGUAAAUAUGUAUAUUACUAAAUUUGUGUAAUGCUGUUAUACACAUGUCUAUAAUAGAUGUACUUGUGUAAUGCUGUAAAGCUUGUACACACAUAUAAAAUAGAUGUAUCUGUGUAAUUCUGUAAAGCUUGUACACAUGUCUAUAAUAGAUGUAUGUGUAUAAAG